CACAAUUUCACAUGCAUGCGGUUCCAUCCUAUUGUAGGACACUUUCAUUACCCUUUAAAAAGGGUUCUUUAUCGGUACCCUUCUGCUCGCACCCAUCCCACAGCAAUGCAAUCAUUCUCUGCGAUCAUUAUCUCUCUAGCUUUUUUCAGCAUUGCAAAUUCGUUGGCAGCAAGAUUAUUAGAACCCCGCCGAUUGGGGUCGAGCGAUGAUUUUAUUAAAACAUCAUGUGAGGUUACAAGGUAUCCAGACCUAUGUUACCAAAGUCUCUCAGCUUAUGAUAGUACCAUCCAGGAUGACCCUACGCAGCUGGCCAAUGCAGCACUCAACGUCACCCUGCAAAGUGCUGAAUCCACCUCCAACAUGGUACUAAAUAUGUCGAAAGCGCACAACCUAAGGCCCAAAGGAGCUGGGCCCAUAAGGGACUGUGUGGAGAACAUGAAAGAUUCAGUUGAUGAGCUCCAGCAAUCUUUGGUGGCGAUGAAGGAUCUUGAAGGCCCUGAUUUUGAGAUUAAGAUGAGUAAUAUACAAACAUGGGUAAGUGCUGCCCUGACAGAUGAGGAUACUUGUAUGGAUGGGUUUGAAGGGAAUGCCAUGAAUGGAAAAGUUAAGGACACUAUAAGGAGCUAUAUUGAAAGAGUUGCUCAGCUAACUAGCAAUGCAUUAGCUCUCAUUAAUAAGCUAGUUAAUUAACGAGGGACAAUAUUUGUCUCUUAAAAUAUUACUGCUUUUUCUCAUUCAGAACAAUCUGUGUAUAUAACCCAUUGUAAAGUAUAUUUAAUAACUAUUUAUCUUUUAAAA